CCUCUCUCUCUCUCUCCCCCCCCCGCUACUACAUCCAAUCUCCGCUUCCCCUACCCACGUUGCCCUCCUCUCCGGUGACCCCGCUUCCCUCCUCUGGUGCUGGUUGCCCCGCGCGUCGAUCGCCGCCCCCUCCCCUCCCGGCGUACGUCCUUCCCCCCGCGGGGGCCGCUCCUCCUAUCUCUGUCCUCGCGCCGUCGCCCGGCCCUGUUCCGUCGUCGCUGCCGCUGCCGUUGCCGCUCUCGCGUGCACGCAGCCCACUCGCUCCCCGCACUUCAACAUGACUUCGUCAUCUGUGCCCAGCUCGGAUCUCAUCUCCUCCUCGUCGUCCUUCCACACGAGCGACAUCUAUUCCGACUCCGAGGACAGCGAUGAUUCCCUCGGGGACAUUGUUCUUCCCCCGCCGGAGUUUGCAUUCUGCCAGUCGGUCGCCCAGUCGCCGGGUGGCCUGGGCGGGUCUCCGGUCGCCGGAUCCCCACGCCAAGCCUCCCCGGGCUCGCCGGUCGCCGGAACUCCCAUGGCGGUGGCGACAGGCGUGGCUCCCGCAUUGGAGGGGGCCCCGAGCCCCCUCUCGACCACCACCGCGGCCGAUGAGGGACCCGUCACCCCUUCCCGUCGGACCCCGCUGAGCCAACCCAUCCGAAAGAAGGACAUUUCCUCUCCGACGGACUUUUCUCAUCCCUUCCACGCCACUUCCCUCGAAGACAUGGAGCGCUUUGUGGCGGAACUUGCGGCCGAGGCCCAGCUGGUGACAUCGCCCCCUCCGGCGACGACGCCCGGUGUGUCGGUUGCCCCCGAAUCGGUGUCCCCCCCAUCGCCAAGCGGCGUCCAAGACCCCGGCGCUCCCUCACACUCGGCGCCCCCGGGGUCCUCCUCCGCCUCGUCGCGCUUGGCACGGCUCUUCGGCCGAUCGGCCUCCAAGAUGAAGGAGGCUGUCUCCAAGUCGCCGGGGAGCCGAUCGGCCUCGCCUUCCGGGUCUCCUUCCCUCUCCCGACAGUCGUCCGUUCGCGAGCCCCACGCCACUGGACGAAGCCCCGUCAUCAACUCCUGUGAUCCGGUGGGCAAUCUGGUUGAUUUGCCGGCCGCCUCCGGCGGCGGGCCCGGCCCCAUGGCUGGGGGGGCCUCUUCCGACACCAUCCCGCCUGCUGCCGAGACGGAGCCGCUCGAGCAGCAUGAGCCGGUUCACCAGCAAAUGGAGCAGCUAUCGGUCAGCCAGCAGGCGCCGGAGCCGGCAUCGGAGCAGCACGUCCAGCAUGGCUGGGAGUUCUCGCGGUCCGAUGCCGGGAGCGAUGCCUCCCACUAUUCGGAGAUCGAGGAUCUCUCCCAAGACCCCAGCAUCCCUCCCAAUCUGAUCGAAGCGCUGAUGAAGUUCGAUGAGUCGGAAUUCUGGAACUCCGGCCGCACGCUGAUCCCCUCGAACGAGCUCGAGGCCGGCGAGGCUGGCGAAGCCACCGCCGUGACAUUGCGCCACCCGAGCGAGCGAACCGUCCAGCGUUCCCUCUCCACCAAGGUCUGGCUUGAGACAUACUACGAUUCGUUGCAUCGAAUCCGCAUCGAGCGCAAGAACCGCCGGACCCGACUGGAUGAGGAGCUCGACCGCAUGGGUGCUUCAGACGAACUCCGCCGGCAGAUGCAUACUCGCCUCUCUCGCAAGGAGACCGACUACAUGCGUCUGCGUCGCCAGCGUGUCAAAACCGACUCCUUCGAAACCGUGCGAACCAUCGGCCGAGGUGCUUUCGGGGUUGUGCAGCUGGUCCGCGAGCGGUCCUCCGGCAAGGUCUACGCCAUGAAGCGCCUGGACAAGAAGGAGAUGAUCCGUCAGCAUCAGGAAGGUCACGUUCGUGCCGAGCGCGAUCUACUUGCCGCGGCAUCGGCUGCGGCCUCCAAAUCCAUCGUCCGUCUGUAUCACUCUUUUCAGGAUCGAGACAACCUCUAUCUUGUGAUGGAUUACAUGGCCGGCGGGGACUUGCUGAACCUCCUGAUUCGCGUGGACGUUCUGCCCGAAGCGCAGGCACGUGUAUACAUGGCGGAGAUGGCCCUGGCCAUUGCCGAGGUCCACCGGCUGGGGUUCGUUCACCGGGACGUCAAGCCGGACAAUUUUCUUUUCACAUCCGACGGGCACCUGCGGAUCUCGGACUUCGGUUUGUGCACCGGCUUCCACUGGGCCCAUGAUGCGCGCUUUUAUGAACGCCAGCGCCGGCGCGCGUCGAACAUCAUUUCCGAGUCGGCCGGUCCCGGUCCUCUGCCCUCUUCGGCGUUGCACCCGGCGGCCGUGGACCGCACGCAAGCCGUGGCCGCGGCGGCCGCCACGACGGCCGCUCAUCCCGGGGCCCUCCCCGGUGGCAAGGCCGGGCGCAACAAUGACAGCGGGGACAAGGUCCUCUUCUUCCGCCGGCUGCAACGCCGAGCCAUGGCCUUCUCCGUGGUCGGGACAAACAAUUACAUUGCCCCGGAGGUCCUGCUUCAGGUGGGCUACAACUUCGCCUGUGACUGGUGGUCCCUGGGGGUCAUCCUCUUUGAGAUGCUCUAUGGCUAUCCGCCCUUCUUCGCGCCGACGCGCUCCGAAACCAAGUCCAAGAUUGUCCACUGGCGGCAUCACCUGCGCAUUCCCGCUGCAUCGGUCCCCCCUCGCCGCCCGGGGACCACGGGCAAAAACCCCGAGGACCGGCUGCCCCCCUAUCCCGUGUCGAUGGCCGCGCGGAAUCUAAUUUCCCGAUUGAUUUGCGACCCACCAGACCGCCUUGCCCGGCUGGACGACAUGCGUUCACAUCCCUUCUUUGCGGGCAUCGACUGGGCCGCCGUUCGAGACCAACCAGCUCCCUGGCUGCCGGGCCUCGAUAGCCCGACCGACACGCGGUACUUCGAUGACUUCGGAGAUGGGGAUGUUGCCCCGGGGGCGACCAUGAUGAACCCCCCGCCGCCGGCGGCGGGGGCCCCUGUCAGCGUCGUCCCCGGUGGGCCGGCUGUCGGCAUGGCGCCGCACAUGGGGGCAGCCCCGGUGGCGCAUCUUCUGCCGGCUGGUGCGCCGGUUCCUCUGACACAUCAUGUAAUGCUCCCGGUGCCGGGGGCCCUUGUCCAUGCUCCUGGUGGGGGUCCGCAUCUUGUUCACCCGCAGUUGGGACAGCCCUUGCCGGCUGGCCCGGCGGCCGGGCCCGGGUAUGUUUUCAUGCCCCCCGGUCCCGGCGGAGGUGCCCCCCAUCCGAUGGUGCCCUUCCCCGGGGGGCCCGGCGUGAUGGGUCAGCAUAUGUCACCGGAUUUGUUGGCGGCGGCGGCGGCGGCGGCGGCGGCGGCCGGCGGCGGCGGUAUUGCCGGCUCCACCUUGCCGCCCAUGGGCGGGCCCGUCGCCUCGGUCGCUGCAGGCGCCGAUGAGGGUGCCGGUUCUUCACUGGCAGUUCCCUCGGCUGGCCAGCCGGGCGGAGUGGCAACCGCCCCCAUGGCCACUGGUGGUGGUGGUGGUGGCGGCGGCGGCGGCGGAAGCGGCGUUUUCACCGACACAACGGACGUCGACCAGUUUGCCUUCCACGGAUUCACGCAUAUUGGCUUCUUCAACUUGACGCGUUUCUAUGAGGCGGAUGAUGCGGAGUCCAGCCGCGGACGAUCGGCCUCCGGGUCGGGCGAUCGACCGAUGGAUCCCCUGCAGAAGGCCGUCCUGUCGAAGCUCAUCAACGACCAAGUCAUCACCUCGGAGAAGGUGCUUGGCUGGGAAGAUGGCAGCAGCCCGGUCAGCGACAGUGGGAAUGCCGGGACGGAUUCCCCGGCAGCCAACUCACAAUAUUGACGAUCAGCCGAGAGACGAGCCCCGGGGAUCGGAGGGGGGAGGGCGCGGUAGCAAGCCACUUCCCCUCCUCUCCCUCCGCUCCCUCUGCUCCCUCCGCUCCCUCCGCUCCCUCCCCUCUUCAUCACUCCUCUGGCGACAUCUCUUUGUACACAUGCGUCUUCUCCCCUCCCUCCCCCUACCUGUCGUUCCCGCUGGUUCGAUGCGAGCGUACAGACAUAGACACGGGCGCAUGCCUUCUCUCCCGCUGCCCUUCCCUUCCUUCCCUUCCCUCCUCCCUCCCUCUUGUCGCCAUCUCUCCUCUUCUUUUUAGUCAUCUCUACUUCCUGUUGUGCUUUCCUGUGUGUGUUUCGCAGCGGGCGGACACGCCCCGCCGCGCCCAAUGGAUUAUGCCAUAUAAUUGCA